GUCACCACCUUUCUGUCUCAGAGCAGUAUCAUUUCUCAGAGCGUCAACCCACCUCUGGAAUUUCAGAAGGUAAAAGAAAGGGAAGCAGAUUAUGGGAAACAGGGUGUAGCUGCAGCACAGGGAAAAAGGGGGAGACUGCUUCAACUCUGCAGGAAGACGAAAACACAUGAAGAUCGACUGAGAUCUGCUCCGGUUUAUGCUUUUUAUUGAGAGUAAACCUCUGGGACGAGCAAAGUCAGUCUCCAGGGAAUCACAGCAGCACGGCUGCUCACGGUGUCAGACAUGCAGCUGCUUACUUUGAUCUGUGUGCUUUUUCUCCUGCUCUGCAUCUCGUCUGGAAGCUCAGAAGCCCACAGACAUUACCGACAAGUUCUUUCUGGAAACCAACAAGGUGUGUGCCGCUACGGGAGGAGACUGGAGUGCUGCUAUGGCUGGAAGAAAAACAAUAAAGGGCAGUGUGAGGCUCAGUGCGAGCACGGCUGCAAGCACGGUGAGUGUGUCGGCCCCAACAAAUGCAAGUGUUUCCCUGGAUACACCGGAAAGACGUGUAAUCAAGAUCUGAACGAGUGCGGCCUGAAGCCUCGUCCUUGCGAGCAUCGCUGCAUGAACACCCACGGAAGUUACAUGUGCUACUGCCUCAAUGGAUACAUGUUGAUGCCUGAUGGGUCAUGUGCCAAUUCCAGGACCUGCUCCCUGGCUCACUGUCAGUACGGCUGUGAGGAAGUGGAAGGGGAAAUCCGCUGCCUUUGCCCGUCUGCAGGUCUCCAACUGGGUCAAGACGAAAGAACAUGCGUAGAUAUUGAUGAAUGCAUAACUGGGAAGAACCUCUGCCCAUACAACAGAAAAUGUGUGAACACCUUCGGCAGCUACUACUGCAAGUGCCAAGACGGCUACGAUCUGAAAUAUCUAAACGGCAAAUACGACUGUCAAGAUGUGGAUGAGUGUGCAGCUGGAACCCACAAGUGCAGCCACCACGCCGUUUGUCUGAACACUCAGGGAUCCUACAAGUGCAGGUGCAAGUCUGGCUUCAGAGGCAACGGCUUUGAGUGCUCCGCCAAACCAUUUUAUCAGAGACCGUGGGAUGGCGACAAAGGCAGUGCGGAUAAUUUCAUCAAUGCCAUCCCGGACUCCCAAGUGAGGCCUGAGAUUCUGGGAGGCAGUCUGAGUAACGAGGACAUCAAAAACCUCAUCCCAGAAACAGUCGCCACGCCACAUCCUAGGAUCCGCCAUCAACCUUUUGACUACGAUGGAGAGGUCUACGUCGGUACCCGAACAAAAGAAGGAAAAAAUGAGUAUCCAGCUAAAGAAGAAGAGGAGGAAGGGGAAGAGGAAGAAAAUAGUCUAAAUCCAAGAGGAGAUGUCUUCGUUUCUGAAGACUUUGAGUCUGUCUUUGGUCCAGCCACAGAAAUCAAAGAAAUCCAGAUUGAACUGCCUCAGGAAGAAUAUUUCAUGGACUGCAACUUUGAUCAGGGAGCUUGUGAAUGGGUCCAAGACAAGGCUGAUGACAUGGACUGGAUCGUGGCGUAUCGUGACAAAGACCAUGCUGAGUACUACAUGGCGUUGAGUGGGCUGCUUGGAGAGGAAAAAGAUGUGGCCAGGCUAAAGCUGCUGCUCAGUGACCAGCCCCAGCAGGGCAGCUUCUGCCUCACCUUUGACUUCCGCAUGGUGGGCCGUAACGUGGGCUCACUCAGGGUGCUGCUGGAUAACAACGCUUACCCAGUAUGGGAGCAGAGCCAAAGCAAAAACCAGGGAUGGCAGACAGAGCUGCUCACAGUAGCCUGGAAGGAGGAAGCCCCCCAGUCUAUUAUCUUUGAAGCUCAGCGUGGGACAGGGGUUGGAGGAGAGAUAGGACUGGACAAUGUUGCAUUGACUUCAGGUCCUUGUCAAGAGGAUCUAGGUCCAGUCUUUUAGGACUCCACAAUGACAUUCAUGAAAGAUUUGUGUACUCCAAUAAUCACAACAGCACAGUCAAAAGAGGAGAAAUAUGUGCAACAGGUGCAUGUGAGGCAACUCAGACCUCAGGAACAGGUGGACAAGCUCAUUUUAUCAGUUGGGCUAACAGUAUUGUGCUGAUUUAAGUCAAGUAACUACCAAUAAAAUGUAAUGUGAAUUCUUAGAUGAAAUAUAGCUCAAAUUAUAGUUGUGUCAGAUUUUUGAAGGCUGUAUUGUUAAAACACAAAUUAUCAGUUCACCAGUGUUACGAAAUUUGUAGUGAAAUGAUGCUGCAUUGUUACAUUAAAUUGUUUUUCUAACAAUG